AUGGCGGAUUUCAUCGCAGGCGACGCCUGCGACUUCGGCGACUGCUUCUCCGACGACGAGUUUGACGUCGACGAAUUGGAGCGUCGCAUGUGGAAGGAUCGCCUGAAGCUGAAGCGAAUCAAGGAUGGCCAGAAAGCGAAAGACGGCGAGAUGACGACUCCGGCAGAUGAGGCGAGAGAUGCGGCGGGAGACGCGGCGGGGGAUGCGCCGAAGGACGCGGCGGGCGAGGACGAGCAGAAGACGCGGCAGCGGCAGUCGCAGCAGGACCAGGCGCGGCGGAAAAAGAUGUCGCGCGCGCACGACGGCAUACUUAAAUACAUGCUCAAAAUGAUGGAGGUGUGUAACGCGCAGGGCUUCGUGUACGGAAUUAUUCCCGAAAAGGGGAAGCCAGUUGGCGGAAGCUCCGACAAUCUGCGCGCGUGGUGGAAGGACAAGGUGCGCUUCGACCGCAACGGCCCCGCGGCGAUUGCGCGCUACAACGCGGAGCAGGCCGCCGCUUCUUCCGCCGCCGCCGCCGCUGCCGCCGGGGGGAACGGUAGCGUGUUUCCCGGCGGGAUGGUCCCCGGCGCUGGCGGAAUUGGCGGGAGCGGGAUGGUUUCUGCGCUCGCGACGCCGCAGACGCUGCAGGAGCUGCAGGAUACGACGCUGGGAUCGCUUCUCUCGGCGCUGAUGCAGCACUGCGAUCCCCCGCAGCGGAGAUUUCCGCUCGAAAAGGGCGUUCCGCCGCCCUGGUGGCCGUCCGGGGAGGAGCAAUGGUGGCCGCAGCUGGGGCUGACACGUGGCACCGGCCCGCCGCCGUACAAGAAACCGCACGAUUUGAAGAAGGCGUGGAAAGUGGGCGUGCUGACGUCAGUGAUUCGGCAUCUGUGUCCUGACGUGGCGCGCAUUCGGAAGCUGGUUCGUCAGAGCAAGUGCCUGCAGGAUAAGAUGACGGCGCGGGAGAGUGCCACGUGGAACGCCGUGCUCGACCAGGAGGAGGCGGAAAUUCUCAAAGCGCAAGGGCGGCUCGAAGACGCGGCGAAAUUCGACCCGUUCGCUGCCGGAUCGCCCGUAAGAACCCCCGGCGCGGGUGCGUUUGAGCGCGACGGCGGAAUUACCGGCGGAAUUGGUGGAGGGAUCCGCGGAGCGGACUUGACGGGCGUGGACACGAACGCGCUUCUGGCGGAAAUUCUGAGCGGAAAGAUGCGCGCCGGCGCGAUUGAAGCGGGGGAGGAUAAGCGGAGCUUUAAAUUAUCCGCAGCUGGUAACGGGGCGGACUACGACGAGUACGCGCCUGAAGCACCUGGCCGUUCGGCUAGCAGAGUCAAGACGGAGCAAGAAAUUUUGAACAUCCCCGCUACUGUGUUCUCCGGUACAAGCAACCUCACCAACGCUUCUGCCGCUUCUGCCGCGGCCGCUGCUGCUGCUUCGCUCACACAGGGUGCGGGGUCUUUGGCUCCUGAGCACCGGGUUUUUCUCUGCCCGUUCGACCGCUGCCCGAAGCACCAGUGGAGCAACGCCUUUGCUGACCGCAACGCCCGGAACCUUCACCAAGCCUCCUGCCCGUUCCGCCCGAAGCUCGCAGGUUCGGGCUCCCCUGCUCCUGCUGGCGCUGCUGGCGUCACUGGUGCUCACACCGGUGGUGGCAGCAGCUGCCCCAUUCGCAGGAGCGCGAGUGCCUCCUCCUUCCUUCCUUCUGGAAAUCCCGCCGCCGCCGCCGGCGCUGCUGGUGUGGCUGGUUCUGCUGGUGGUUCGGCUGUAGCGAGUGGUGGCGGCAGCAGCAAGCCGUCUGGCAAGGACCCUGCUGCGUUCGCGUCCGCGGCUGCUACAGCCGCCGCCAUCAAGGCGAGCAUGCAGCAGCACGGUCAGCAGAGUCAAUCCAAGUCAAGGCUCUCAAACUCCUCCCGUGCCCCUCCCGCUCCUGCCACUCCUGCUGCAGAGCCUGCUGCUGCUGCACAGCCAGUAUCCCACCCGAAUUUCCCUUACAACAACCACCAGCAGCACCAGCAGCAGUACCAGCAGCAGCAGCAGCACCAUCAGCAUCAAGCUCAGUUAUUGAGACAAGGAAGCUUUCCGGGUGAUUCCUUUCACCCGCCUCCUGCCAUUGGCCUGCCGACAGGAGCUGCCCCGGGCAGCGGGCAGUUCGGAGAAAUGUUUCCAGGGAUGAUGUUCGGGCAGCCCGGCAACAUGAUGGGUAUGGCAGGAAUGGGACCACCAUCCAUGCACCACCAUCACAUGGCACAUGCGGCCCAUGCCGCACAUGCAGCACAUGCAGCACAUGCAGCGCAUGCCUCUGCCCAUCCGUACGCCUUCCACAUGCCCCCCAUGGGCCAUCCCUUCCCGGCUUACAGCAGCAUGGCUGGUGGCAUUGCUAUUAAUCAGCAGCAACAGCAGCAGCAGCAGCAGGGAGAGGAGAUGCGACAGCAGCAGCAGCAGCAGCAGCAGCAGCAGCAGCAGCAGCAGCAGCAGCAGCAGCAGCAGCAGCAGCAGCAGCAGCAGCAGCAGCAGCAGCAGCAGCAGCAGCAGCAGCAGCAACAGCAGCAGCAGCAACAGCAGCAGCAGCAUCCGAGCCAGCAUCAACAGUUGGAGAAGCGGAGGAGAGAGCUGAACCGUCAGCAGCUGCAGCUGCAGAGGCAGCUUCAGGAGCAGCAGCAACACGGAGAUGAAUUACACAAGCAGUUGCAGGAACACGAGCAGCAGCAGCAGCAACACCAGCAGCAGCAGCAACAGCAGAUGGCGCGACUGGGAGAGGAGAAAGCUGGGCUGUCAAGCGUCGGUGAAGCAGGCGAGAAAACGGGGAGCGACGGGGGCAUCGGAAGCAUGACAUCAAGUAAUGAUGCAGUGAGCAACAACCACAACCGAGUGAGCAACAUCAGCAGCAGCCAUGCUCUGAGCAACACAGGCUUGAGCAACAUCGGGGGCGUCAGCAAGAGUAGCAGCACUGGUAACUCCGCGAGUAACCAAUUCACUCGUCCGUCCGUUCUCCUCCCUUCUGCCACGCCUGCUUCUCCUGCUGCUCCCGCCAUCUCGCCGCGCCUCGCUGCUAUAAUCGCCCAGCAGCAGCAGCAGGAGGAGUUGAUCGCAACCGUUGGAUCGUGGGCCAAGGGCCAGCUCCAAACCAGGAUGAAGCGCCGAGCCUUGUCGGACCUCCAAGCCUUGGUGCCUGGCGAGCGCACGCUCGGCCGGACCAUGACCGAGCCUAUGGCGGAGGUUCGGGAUGAAGCUGACGGGGCGGAGGGGAGUGGUGCUGCUGCUGGUGCGGGUCAGUUCGGUGGGUUUGAGAAACUGGCAGGAGAGGAGUCAAUGGCAGGAGGGAUAGCUGGAGGGAUAGCAGGAGGCUUAGGAGGAGGUUUGGGAGGAGGCCUAGUAGGGUUAGGAGGAGGACAUGACCCUUUGAGGCUGAUGGGUCAAUUGAUGGAUGAUGACUUGCACUACUUCAGCUGCUGA